GUGGCUCGCGCCUGCGUACUGGGCGGGACGGCGCGCCGCGUCGUUACUUUUGAAACGCCUGGCGGGGAACCGCCGUGGGGGCCGCCGAGGUCGCCGUGUGCCGGCCGCUCGCGCGCCGCCGUCCGUGGGCCUGGCCAUGGCGCUGCAGCUCGCCCGGGAGCAGGGCAUCACUCUGCGCGGGAGCGCCGACAUCGUGGCCGAGUUCUUCUCAUUUGGCAUCAACAGCAUUUUGUAUCAGCGUGGCAUAUAUCCCUCCGAAACCUUUACUCGAGUGCAGAAAUACGGACUCACCUUGCUUGUAACUACUGAUCUCGAGCUCAUAAAAUACCUAAACAACGUGGUGGAACAACUAAAAGAUUGGCUGUACAAGUGUUCCGUUCAGAAGCUGGUUGUAGUUAUCUCAAAUAUUGAAAGCGGCGAGGUCCUUGAAAGAUGGCAGUUUGACAUUGAGUGUGACAAGACUGCAAAAGAUGAUAGUGCACCCAGAGAAAAGUCUCAGAAAGCUAUCCAGGAUGAAAUCCGCUCGGUGAUCAGACAGAUCACAGCGACAGUGACAUUUCUGCCACUGUUGGAAGUUUCUUGUUCAUUUGAUCUGCUGAUUUACACAGACAAAGAUCUGGUCGUACCUGAAAAGUGGGAGGAGUCGGGACCGCAGUUCAUUACCAAUUCCGAGGAAGUCCGCCUUCGUUCCUUCACCACCACGAUCCACAAAGUGAAUAGCAUGGUGGCCUACAAAAUUCCCGUCAGUGACUAAGGAUGAGAUGAGGAAAAUCAUGUCAUAUGUAAUUUUUAAAUGUGGUUUUCCUGAAACCGAGUCAACUAUAGUUGAUGAUGUUUUGUUUCACUGGUUAAUUUUUAGAUGAGGAAAACCAACAUUAUACUUCAGUGAACUAUGUGUAAUUGUUCCAUUUUGGGGGGUACCUUUUUGACUUACCAUAGGGUUGACGUAGUGAAUUUACUGCACAUUGUUCAAAGGGAACCAGCAGAUGUUUGUCAGAAUUGUUACGUUAAUUUCUUCGAAGUUGGUGACUGUUGAUGGAGAAGCUUUUGCUAAGUACUUACCUGAGUCAGACAUUUUGGUCAAGUAGCUUGACUCGAAAUAGGUAGGGAGAAAUUUAAAUACACAGCAAAAGAAGUAUGAAUAUUCAGACUCUUUGUUUAAAUCCUAAAAAUAACUAAUAAUCCAUCAGUAAUGAUAUAUUGCUCUAUUACGUCCUUUUGUCGUUUAUUUCAUUGUAUAGUUUCCAUAUUGAAUACAUCUCCAAUUUGAUUUUAAUUUAUGUAACUUGAACCCAUGAAGCAGUGGGUAUUUCUACUGUUUAAUUUACUGUGAUUGAUACAGAACUCUUAAAAAAUUUUUUUGUGUGUGUUUUAUAAAAUCAAGCUUUAAAUGAAAACGAGGAAAUAAAGUUAAAUUUUUAUGUUUUAAAAUUUGUCUUAAAA